CCGGGAACGCGAACGGGAUCUCGUCCGGCAAAACAUCGGGCGAGCGUUGGGUCGGGCCUGCCGAGUCAGCAGCCGCAGCCGUGCAACGCCAGAGAUUUAUGUAGGUAGCUUCGAUCGGGACGAUCACACAGUUCCAAACAUCAAGAUGGCAGGAACCAGCCCGGGCAAUUCAUGCAUUGCUCGGCGACAACUCCGAAAGGCCUGGUCGGGUUGUGGCUCUUUCCUGCUGUGAUUCGUUGUGGCCUCGGCUGCCUUCCAGCUGGCCACUUCCUCGUGCACCAACCAGGCCCUGCUUUCUCGUUCAUGGUUUUUUUUGGGCCGCCAUCUCAUCUGGGACUUCCUCCAAUCCCACCUCGAAACCCACCUUCACUCGCCUUGACUUCUGUUUGCUUUAACUCGGGCGAUCGGCCCAUCGCACCACGUUUCACGGCCGGCCCGUCUCCAAUGACAAACCGCCGCAGUUCUGACCAACCAACAACCUUCAGCUGUUUCCCUGUUGCCGAACCGCAUAAUCAAACCCGCAUUUACACGGAGCCGACGGCUCUUCUCUCGCGUGUGUUGUUGGUGGUUUGCGAACCACUCAUAGACGGCCACUUUUCUACAUCCGUAUCAUGAUCGCCCUUCAUCUUUCUUUGUUUUCUCAUUAGCCUAUUCCGGAUUUCCUCCGUCGCCCGUUUAGUUGUGCCCGCUGCGCUGAUCAAUAUGAAGUGAAUUCCAUGAUGGUGGUUCCUGUAGUCCGGGUCUAUGGUUCAAAGCAUUCUUGGAUGUGCCCCCACGGCGUCUGCCGUAACACCCCCCUGACUAGCCCAGACUGGAUCCGGGACAAGCCCAGGCAAGCCACAUGCUUCCCCGGAACCACACUCCCUUACCUUUGGU